CGUCAGAAAUGGUUUCAGCAAUAUAAAGAUGCAGAUGAUCCAGACCUAAUAACACCUGAUGGCUGUCAAGCAUUUUUUACAGAUCUAGACGUGUCAUUAGAAAGUGCACUACCUCUUAUUGUUGGUUGGAAGUUCAAUGCAAGUCGUAUGGGAUAUUUCACUAAAGAAGAAUGGAUAAAGGGCAUGGAAAGAAGUCUGUCUACGGCUAUUGCUCUUUGGCAUCUUUUAUUAGAAGAUCAAUAUCCAAUUAUUGAAUCCUUUAUUGAAUUCAUUGAAGUAAUAAAACCAGUAAAGGUCAUUAAUAAAGAUCAAUGGUCAAGUUUAUUAGACUUUUGUAAAUCUAUACCUAAAGACCUUGAUAAUUAUGAUAGUACAUCCUCAUGGCCUGUACUAUUUGAUGAUUAUGUAGAAUGGAGACAAAACCAAGCAUGAUGGAUGUAGAUAUUAUGUAUAGAAUAAUAAUAAUAAUAGCAAUUGUGUUGUCCAAUAAAAGCAUUUUUAUGCAAAAUAAACAAAUAAAUAUUCAACGUU